CUUACGCGUUAUGAUUACUUGCAACCUGCCAUGAAUCCCACGAUGCAAGAGUGACUCCUCCGGUCUUGUUAUUUGAAAAGUGAUUAGACACUAUCUCAAAGCGAAGAUUCAACAACGCUCACAUGCGUCUGCGACCUCUAUAGCCUAUAUUUGGAAACCUAUGCCUGUUAGCAGAACCAAGCGGAGACGCGCUGGUUCGACCACAACUUGCUCCACUAAUCGGUGCGAGUCGACGAUAUGUCAGGCACUUCCUGAUAAUUCCAGACCCUGGGAUACUGCCUCUAGUACAACCAGCGAGGAUGAGGAUGGCCGGUUCUUUGAGCCAAGAAGAAAGAAGGCCAGAGGACGGGACACUUCCCCGGCAGAACUUGACGGACCUCAGGAAUCCAUCCCCACCAAGUCAUCCGUCCCGGGGCCCCAACAAAACAAGGCUCUGGACCUUCCGGAGAUAUGGACAUGUAUUGCAGGACAUGUAGUGCGGCGGUCUGAUCUCAUAGCACUGAGCUUGGUCAGCAACACUGCUCGCUACGGAGCUCUGCCAGAGCUUUAUCGCCGACCACUCAUCACCAUCAACGAACAAGAACGCGCUGUUCUCGACAGCUUCUGCUCACCCAGUAACGCUGGACUCAAACAUGUCAAGCACCUCACCGUGGCUCCUGUUCAUCUCCCAAAAGCAAAGGCGAAGUGGCGGCGCGACGCUGCUUUAAGGAGAAUACUACACCCAGAGUCCGUCCGUAGAGUGGUACAGGCGUUUCCUCUCAUGCCUAGCCUACAAUCUGUUGCGUUCAGCGGCUUUCCUCGAGAAUCCCAGAGACAAAUUCUUGGCCAAUAUGGUCUGAAGCCUUACAAGCAACUGUACCUUAUAGGGAUUGUGCCUCAGAGCUACAUGGCACAUAGUAGUUGCUUCAGCGAGCCAGAUCGACCGUGGGUACCACAAUACAUCGUUUGGGCUUUCAACAACGGGGCAGAUCGUGAGGAGUACGAGCAGCGCGCCCUAUUUGCGAGCAAGUCUUGCAUGAUAUGUUUCCCCUCACUAAACUACAGAAAAAUACAUUCGAUCCCUUUUCUGCUGUACAAUAUCGUUGGUUCUCCUCUUUUUCUCCCCGUCGAGCUGUGAGCUUCCUUCGUGCCUUUGAUACGCUUCGUAUCACUUGGAUUGUAUUCUUCGCUGAUCUUGGACAGCAUGGACAGUAUAGAUAUUGCACGAGUAAUCUCUCACAACAAUCCUUGCAUCCGUGGUACAGCUUCGAAGCACACUCAAUCUUGCUCGUCAUCUCACUUCACUUCUCGAACUUGAGUGGAUCAUAGUGUUCUAGACCGGUGCUCCAAAGGACAUCUUCACUCUUUUGUGCUCAUC